CCCAACAAAAACAUUAUCUGUUCAUCAUGCAGCUUCCUACACCAGUCUAUCCAUGUCCUCUAAAUCUCCAGGUAACCGGAUGCAACACUUCGCUAAAGAAUAUCAUUAUAGCUGCACCACUAGGGUUGGUUGAAGAAGAUUAUGACGAUAAUCAGUACAAAGCUCCUAAUCUUCUUAGACGAGUUCUUAGCUUGAUGACGAAUUUGAAACCUGGAGCAAGUCUUAUUAGUUUUCAAUUGCCGCCAGAGUUCAACAUCCCAAAAUCAAUGCUUCAAGUCUACGGCGAAACAACAUUUUGCGUCGGUAAAGAAAUGCUAAACCAAUGCAACGCCGGUAAAGAUCCAAUCGAAAGAAUGACGGCAAUUCUCGCCUGGAAAUUAUCAACUCUCCGAUCACUAGCAUUCGGAGUUGCCCCAUACAAUCCAAUCCUCGGCGAAACCCAUCACGUCUCACGUGGAACUCUCAACGUUCUCCUCGAACAAGUUUCUCAUCACCCUCCAAUCACCGCCCUUCACGCCACCGACUCAAAAAACGGCAUCGAAAUGAUCUGGUGUCUUUAUUCCGUCCCAAAGUUUGUAGGAAACGGAGUAGAAACACAUAUAAAUGGAACUAGAGAAAUUAGGUUAUUAAACAAGGGAGAAAACUAUUUAAUGAACCACCCAAAACUUCUCAUAAGAUUCUUACCUGUUCCUUCUGUUUUAUGGUCGGGAAACAUUACCGUUUCUUGCGCUGAAACUGGUCUUGAAGCAUGUUUAACAUUUGGUGGUAGUUUUCUUCUGGGUAUAAACCCUAGAUCUGUAAAAGGUAAGAUAUGUCUUCCUCCUUCUAAGAAACCACUUUAUGAGAUCAAUGGUCGAUGGGAUGGAAUCGUCACGGCUAAAGAAGUCAGCACUGGAACGGUGCGGGUUAUUUAUGAUGCUAAAGAGGUACUUUCGGGUCUCAAACCACCAUUCUUGGAAGAUCCAGAGGGGAUUUGUGAAAGUGAUUCAGUAAUUGUGUGGAAAGAUGUGAACGAAGGGAUAAUGAAGAGACGGUGGGAAGAAGCGAGAGAAGUAAAGAAUAUGGUUGAGGAGAAAGAGAGAGAGAUUGCUCGGGAGAGAAAAAGAAAGGGAGAGAUUUGGAAGCCAAAGCAUUUCUCACUUUCAUUUAAUAAAGAUGAUAACACUUGGAAUUGUUCACCUCUUCAUCAAUCUGUCCCAAGAGCACCACUUGUUGUCCCAAUCCAAUCUAAUUUCCAUCAAACUUUCAAUUAAUCUUUUUAUUACAAACCAUAAUCUUAUAUAUAAUCACUUGUAAUAGUGACUUUUUAUUUUUGUAUGCUUAUGUUUGUCUGAGGUAUUACUUGUA